AUGGAGAAACGGACACACACACCGUUGCGUCGGACUUCUGGAGUGUCGCAGGCUCGUCUAGAUGUAUAUCAAGCGCCGCCAAACGCCAAUGAUCAACAUUCGCUGUUGGCGGCGCAGCGAGCAACAGGAUAUGACAUCGAUUCGUGCUACAGCUCUUGCGACGACAUUUCGCAUCCAUCAUUGAGUAGAGAAUGCUCUGACCCAGUGGAAAGCGACGGCGCCAGCAGCAGCAGUCAAUCGCGACCAAUUCCCACCCAAGAGGCUGUCGGAUUCGCCACAAAAUUGGGCUAUUCGCUUGAUCAAUUAAUUGCAGCUCUCAACAAAAUCGGAUUCGACGCGAAGACGGAUCAAAUUUUGUCGGAACUUGUGAAAAUGGGAAGUCCGAGUAGUUCGAAAGAGCGCAAAUCGGGUGCGGCGAGCAGCGUGAGCUCCGACUCAUCAGACAAUCUGCGUUCGAUCGUCAUCGAUGGAUCCAACGUGGCAAUGGCUCACGGCAGAAAGGAGGUGUUCUCGUGCGCUGGAAUCCGCGACUGUGUUCGUUUCUUCCUUGAACGCGGCCAUCGUGAUAUUCUUGUAUUUAUUCCAUCAUUUAGAAAAGAGCAGCCGCGAGCCGACAGUCCCAUAACGGAUAGGCAUAUUCUCGACGAACUUGACAAGCAAAAAUUCAUCGUGUGGACACCUUCCCGAACUGUGAACGGAAUACGAGUAGUUUGUCACGACGAUCGUUUCAUUCUGAAAACUGCUGAAGAGAAGGACGCCGUGAUUGUUUCCAACGACGAAUAUCGAGAUUUGAUCAAGGAAAAUUCAGCGUACGGUCCUCUUGUCGCUCAAAGGCAGCUGAUGUUUACAAUUGUUGAUAACAAAUUUGUACCACCUGAUGAUCCGAUGGGUCGAUAUGGACCACGUCUUGACGCUUUCCUUUCGAAAAAUGCGACAAUUUCAUUUACACAGCCGUGUCCGUAUGCUCGAAAAUGUACAUAUGGGAAUAAGUGCAAGUACUAUCAUCCGGAGAGGGGAAAUAACGGGCAUAUGAGUGUGACGCAGAGAUUGAUGAAGGAAAACCAGCAGAAGAAAACGCUCUCGGCGACGAAUUCGAUGCAAUACGAUUUAUUGAAGAAGCAGCAUCACGCGGCACUCGCUCGCACACAAUCCCUAAAUGCUCAAAUUGAAAUUGGAAAGGCAUAAUCAUCGUUGGCCGGUGACAAUCGUCGCCCGAUUUCGGCAACCGUCUCACAAACGCAUCUCUACGCGCCGUCGACGGCCGUUUGGGGACAUUCGGAGCUCUCCGUCGGUCCGAUGACCACCGAGGUGUUGCCGAAUGAGCUCGAGCCGAACGCGCGCUCACGCGUCCAAUACCAUUUGUCGAACAUUUUUCCGGAGACGGUCGUCGAGGCGGUGCUCGCCGCGCAUCCGACCGAAACCAACGCGCAAGUGUUGUGCGAAAAAAUUUUGAGUAUGGGCAAAGGAUUCAAUUUUCCCAAACACUAG